AUGUCAGAAACGAACGGCGUCAGUCCAGUUGAUCCGGCGAAUGGAAAGAAGCAUGAAGCUUAUCCAGUUGUUGGCGGUGAAAUAUCGAAUAUAUCUCAGAAUCCAGAUGACAAUGUCAGCGACGACGUAAAGAUGGAAAACGCGGAUGAAAAUGCAAUCGCAAGGGAACAGUACAAGUACCAUUCACAGGAAGAAGCUCAGAAGUACUUAGCUGCUCAGACGCAAGAAGUUAUAAUACCCAGCUACAGCUCUUGGUUUAAGUUCGGUCAGAUAAACGCUAUUGAGAAAAGAUCUCUGCCGGAGUUUUUCAAUAACCGCAACAGGUCUAAAACACCUACAAUUUAUAAGGAGUACAGAGACUUUAUCAUCAACACUUACAGACUCAAUCCGUCUGAGUAUCUCACUUUCACUGCUUGCAGACGUAAUUUAGCUGGUGACGUCUGCGCUAUUAUGCGUGUCCACGCUUUCUUGGAGCAGUGGGGAUUGAUUAAUUACCAAAUUGAUCCAGAUACACGUCCAGCUGCACUUGGACCACCUUUCACGGGUCAUUUUAGAGUCACACUCGAUACUCCUAGAGGUCUUCAGCCGCUUCAUCCGGGCACUCAACCUGCAACGAAAACAGCGGCUAAAACCGAACCAGCGCAAGUACCACAGCAAUCAUCUCAACCACCAAACGUCGAGCUGCGCAAGGGUAUCUACAACACCUCCUCAUACAAAGCUACGGAGGAUCCUGACGAGACGGCCAAGACAGCGAACAAGUUCAAAACGCAGAAUGACGAUGGAGUUUCCGGAGAAGUUAGAUACUUCUGUGAUGUUACAGGCACAGAGUGCACACAAGAGCGGUACCAUUCGAUCAAAAACCCCGACUAUGUUUUAUGUCCGCAGGCUUAUCUCGAUGGACGAUUCCCAACGAGCAUGUUCUCUGGCGACUUUAUCAGAAUAACCAAUCACAAAUACAAACAUGGCACAGGAGGAGAGGAAGAUGGAGACGGUAAUGGGGAGCCUUGGACAGAUGAGGAGACAUUGCUGCUGCUCGAAGGCCUGGAGCAGUAUGACGACGACUGGAACUCGGUAGCUGAGCACGUGGGCACAAGGUCGAGGGAGAGUUGCAUUGCGCAGUUUCUGCAGCUACCCAUUGAAGAUCCAUACCUGGUUGCAUCAUCCAAUACUAACACUAACACUCACCGAGAUGCACAGUUCCAGGGCAUGGCGUCCCAAGGCGAUCUUGGUCCGCUGGCAUAUGGCAAGUUCCCAUUCUCGCAGGCGGAUAAUCCGGUGAUGAGUGUCGUUGCAUUCUUGGCCUCAGUUGUGAACCCCUCCGUUGCAUCUGCAGCAGCUAAGGCGUCGGUUGGAGAGUUGAGCAAGAGCAAGAGCGAGAAUCAAAAUCAGAAUGCCAAUGUGAACGGUAGUGAGGAGAAGAUGGAUGUUGAGCCGAGUCGCACGUCUGUUGAAAAAGCGGCUUCGGUUGCGCUGGGCGCAGCUGCAGCUAAGGCCAAGACACUAUCCACUGACGAGGAGCACAAUAUAGAGAAAUUUAUUAGCAAACUUGUCGAAUCGCAGUUAAAGAAACUCGAGUGCAAAACGGAGCAGUUUGAACAAUUAGAGUUGACACUCGAGGAGGAAAAGAAGAGCUUGGAGAAUGCAAGAAUGCAAUUAGCACAGGAACGAACAGAGUUUGCUAAGAAAGUUAAGGAGUUACAAAAAGCAAAGAAUGACCCUUCGCAUACGCUGGAGUUGUCCGAUGGUCAACUCAAGUUUGAGAAUGUAAUGGCUGAUCCUUCAGAAUUUGCAGGUGGUGAUAUUGCAACGUUGGGGUAG